AGCUCCACACACACUGCGCGCACCCUCCGCUUUUACGCGUCCGACAUCUGCAGACAUCCCGACUCACCAUAUCAAGCCAUCGAUGGAGGCAGCGCUCUUAGCGAGACAAGGGGAGCUCUUUUAGUCACAGAGAUUUCCCGGUGUUCUGUGAGAUCUCCUCACCCUUUUCAUGAUGAACAAAAUGUGGAACACAUGUCCGGUCAUAACUGAAGCCUCCGUUGAGAGCUAGGAAUCUUAAAGGAAACCCGCAGGCGUCUUUUCUCCCGUUUGCGCACACAGCGGUUUGUAUAUGCAAACGGCGGUUCACUUCAGGAAGCCAUGGAGGGACUCGUCUAAGAAGACCCAACAUAGUCGUCUUUGUCCAGUUAUCUUCUGGUUGAUUUGCAUCUUUACACCUCUUCCUGGCAAGAGCCGCCCGUCUCCUUGCACACAAUGGCAGAGAAGACCGGACUUGGGGUUCCAAAACCUGGAGGAAGAUCUGCGGCUUCGCUUACACCUGAGCCUAUCGAGAUCAUCCGGACAAAGGCCCGCUCCAGAAGGGUCCGUCUCAACGUUGGGGGCCUCAACCAUGAGGUCUUAUGGCGGACCUUGGACCGGCUUCCCAGAACCAGAUUAGGCAAGCUCAGAGACUGUAACACCCACGAGUCUCUAAUCGAGGUCUGUGACGACUACUGCCUGAACGAGAACGAGUACUUCUUUGACAGACACCCUGGUGCGUUCACGUCCAUCUUGAAUUUUUACAGAACUGGAAAGCUGCACAUGAUGGAGGAAAUGUGCGCUCUGUCUUUUGGGCAAGAGCUUGAUUACUGGGGCAUUGAUGAAAUCUACCUGGAGUCGUGCUGCCAGGCUCGCUACCAUCAGAAGAAAGAGCAGAUGAACGAGGAGCUGAGGAGAGAGGCAGAGACUCUGAGAGAGAGGGAAGGAGAGGGGGAAUUUGAUAACACCUGCUGCUCAGACAAGAGGAAGAAACUUUGGGAUCUUUUGGAGAAGCCAGGUUCCUCAGUUGCUGCUAAGAUAUUAGCCAUCAUAUCCAUUCUGUUCAUCGUUCUUUCAACUGUUGCACUUUCCCUGAACACCUUGCCCGAACUCCAAGUGACAGACGAAUUUGGCCAAGCCAAUGACAAUCCUCAACUCGCUCACGUUGAAGCCGUGUGUAUUGCAUGGUUUACAAUGGAGUAUCUCCUGCGCUUCCUGUCAUCACCAAACAAGUGGAAAUUCUUCAAAGGGCCACUAAAUGUCAUUGACUUAUUAGCUAUAUUACCCUACUACGUCACUAUUUUUCUGACCGAGUCGAACAAAAGCGUGCUGCAGUUCCAGAACGUGAGGAGGGUGGUGCAGAUAUUCCGUAUCAUGAGAAUAUUGAGGAUUCUGAAGUUGGCAAGACAUUCAACAGGACUGCAGUCUCUUGGAUUCACCCUCAGGCGCAGCUACAAUGAGCUCGGCUUACUCAUAUUGUUUUUAGCCAUGGGAAUCAUGAUAUUCUCAAGUUUGGUCUUCUUUGCAGAGAAGGAUGAGGAUGCAACCAAAUUUACCAGCAUCCCAGCUUCGUUUUGGUGGGCUACAAUCACCAUGACCACAGUGGGCUAUGGAGAUAUUUACCCACAGACUCUGCUUGGCAAAAUAAUCGGAGGACUUUGUUGCAUUGCUGGUGUGUUGGUCAUUGCCUUACCCAUCCCUAUUAUUGUGAAUAACUUCUCCGAGUUCUACAAGGAGCAGAAACGACAGGAGAAAGCCAUCAAGAGAAGAGAGGCCUUAGAACGAGCCAAGAGAAAUGGCAGCAUUGUUUCAAUGAACCUGAAAGAUGCCUUCGCACGAAGUAUGGAGCUAAUGGACGUUGCCGUGGACAAAGGUGAUGAUAAACGGCCAAUGGACAACCACCUUUCUCCGAGCCGGUGGGGUGUUCCACAGCGCACAUCCUCGGAUACCAGCCUCAGAUCCUUUGACAAGAAGUUUCCCGACAGCGACCCAAACGGCUCACGGGAAUACGUGAGAACGCCGAGUCCACAGCAUCUGAACGCUCAGAAACUGGUGGAAAUGUAUAACCAGAUGACAAAGACACAGUCCUUCUCGGAUCUCAACACAAUCAACAGCACACAACCUGCAGCUGUGCCAAACCAUGAGGUAGAGUUGGAGAUGAAGGAAGUCCCAAUGGCCACCGAAUGGCAACCCAAGGAAAGAGCAAUCACCGAUGUCAGGAGCAUAUCGAGCGUUGACAGCUUUGCGAGCUGCACUGCUGAGUUUGGACAGGGUGAGAAGGCAUCCACCCCUUCUUAUACAGCAGAGCAGAUUCAGCAAAGGCAAUCAAAAGUACCUCCGAAACUUCACCUCGGCCAGCUAACACCCUCUGACAUGAGUCCGGAGGAGAACUCUGAGACUCUCAACAGAGACAUCGACAAGCCACCGGAUGGGGAGAACUUCAACGAGGUCAUAGAGAACAUCAGAAGCUCCAUUCGAGGCACAAAUCCAAUGAAGACAAAGGGCCUCAAAGUCAACUUCAUCGAAACGCCAGAGGACGCUCCUCUGACACCGCCCAACACAUCUUCUCCACAGGAUAUCAACAACAGUCUUCUGGAAGAUGACUCCCCGGAGGGAGAGUGCUCUCCUCUUUGUUCAGAUUCGGAAAUGCUGGGUAGUAUCCCAGUGAAAGGCUUGGUUCUUUCUCCGAAGAUGCUAGCCGGUGGAUACCAUCCUGGGGAGACGGCACUGCUUCUGGGGAACCUGGAGGAACAGGAUUACGAUGAGGAACAGAACCAAACGGAAGUGGCUUCUGCAGCCAUCUCCUCGCCCAAACUAGCAGCACAGAACUGCACUCAAGUGGUAGUCGGUGGUAAUGGGGAGGAAAAGCCAGACUCAAACCAAAGUGAACACAAGGUAGAGAACCACAUGUUUACGCCGGAGAUCCAUUUAAUGCCAGGGGAUGGCAAUCACUCGCCAUCUUGCGAAACCGGUAUGUGACUGUGGCUUGACAUUCGGACAGAGUGGAGCGCACUGGUGGAGAAAGAGGCACUCAGAUGUGGUCUGAAAGAUAUUUUUGCAUGGCAUGAAAAGUCCCUUGUAAGUGUGUCAUUGUCAAUAACGCAAAAGAGACUGCAGUUUCUUGCAGACGAGACCUGGAGGAUGUGGGUGCAAACGAGAGGCUUGUUUAGAAUGUAUUUACCCAACAAUGAGGACACUGUUGACCUACCUGUACAUUUUACCUUUUAACUUGUUUAUUAUUUUUUUAGAGACAAACGGAACCAUAGGGGGACAGAUCUACAAGAGCAUGCAUAUUAACAAAGCUGUUUUACGGUGCUUAGUUUGCUGAGAGCACUCCACGGUAAAUAUAGAGACAACAGCAAUGACAAUGCACAUAGCCACAGAGGGCAUAAUAGAUGUCAAAAGGGUUUUUGUUAGCCUUUUUUCCGUUUUAAAGAGGGAAUUUUCAUCAAAGACUGUGAAAAGUAGCGACGUAUUGAAACAUAUCAUGACUUUCUGUAGAAAUGCAAUGUGUACAUUAUGCAGAUGUGUUUGUGUUUUAGGAAUGGUCUACGAUGUCACAUAUUUAUUUGGGGGGUUUAUUUUGUUUUAUUUGUUUGUUUUUAUUUAUUUAUUUUUUUUUGGUUGGGUACUCAAAUUAGCAGCAUCAAAAUCUCGAUUGAAUGACCAGAUGAAUUGCACCACUUUUUUCUUGAUAUCAGAGUUGCAUAUACACCUGUAGUUGCCAAAUGAGAAUAGCAAUCAGAUAAUAUACAGUAGCUGUAAAUGCAAAUUAUAUAUUGACUAUUAUGUAUCGCCAUAGCGAGCGAUACCUGGAUAAAGUUAGAUGUCAACUUUCAAAAAAAAGUUUUAGGUUUAAACGUAUAUCAUACAAACACAUGGAAACAGCGGGUAUGUAUGUCUUAGCUUAUCUUUACAUACUCAAAUAUUCAAUAGCACAGCAAACAGUCAGUUUAAGAAAAACUAGUCUACAUAGUGGUAUUAGAAUAAUUAGUGUUAUCAAAUUAGUGGUUCUGGUCAUUCAAACCUACAAAUGUUCUUCACAUAUUUCCCUGUUAAAACUCAAAAAAACAGUCCUCUUAGUAAUGCUAUAUUUACUUCUCAAAAGGACCAAAACACAAACUAUGUUUUCAAUUACACACAGACAUCAAACUUAAUCAUUUUCUUCAUUUGACGAGAGUACAGUAGUGUAAAUGCCACUACAGUUAACAUUUUUCACAUGAGUUGUUUCAUUAUUAUUCAUAUUUCACCAUAUCUGUAUCAUUCAGAUGCCUGACCUUUGAGUCAUUUCUUAACAAAAACUCACAUUUGUCUGGUUUUACAGAGUAUUCAAGAAUAUUUUGUUCUCUUUUGAGUUAUGCAUUACCAUCUGGCCGACAUGUUUUUCCUGUCACAUGAGAGAAUAUCCAUUUUGUGUUGCCUUUAUUCCAAGAUUGCUGGAAAUGUGUGUAUAUUACUUGCUUUGGCAUGGCAGUUGGCUGAUUGUUCAAAAUGUACAUUGUGUUUGGAAAAAUCACACAAUCUGAAUGGGCUGAACGAGGAUUGUGAAAAAGACGAGGAGGAGGAGGAGGAACUCAAGACUUCAGCUGGCUCUGGCGGUUACGCUAUGGUGGAAAGUGCAAUACAGCAUACUGCAAUCUAUGCAGGCCAAGAAUUGUGGCACUUUAUUUACAGUCUAAUGGAUUUGUAAGUGUACAGGCAGAGACUUCAAUUGUAUUUUUCAGAUGAUAUAUCUUUAAUAUUUGAAAUAUCAGUGUUACCACUCAAAAAUAAAAAAGAUUUGACGUUUUACAAAAAUACUUCACUCCGGUUAUACUCUUCAAAUAAGAUUCUUCUGACAAAUUAGACCAGGAGGGUCUUUUAUAAAUGUCUACAAACAGGUUCAUUUGAAAUAUGAAAAACAAACUCUUGAAAUGAUUUAAUGGGCUCAUAAAAAGUAUUUUUGUUUUAUCAAUUAAUGCUGACAGUGGUUCUAUUUUUUCUAAACCAAAAUUCUGCACGACCACAAUUUCCUGCCGUAUGGAGUUUGAAAUGAUGCGUGCCUCUUCAUAAACAUUUAUGAGAAGGCAACAAUUCAGUUGGCUUUGUUCAUAUAGCACUGUACAGAAAAUUAUACUUUUUAUAGGGGGAAAAAAAAUCAGGUCUUUAAGUAAUAGAUAUGCGUAAUAUUAAGUUCUCAGGUUUUCUACGACACUAAUCUUCUGAUAUGGUGGAUGUCUAUGUUUUCUUCAUUUAAAGAACGCAUCAUCUUGUUUCUUUUGUUGUCGUUGUUUUUUAAAGAGCGUCGUCACAUGCCUGUUUCUGUUUUGAUAGACUGUUGAAUAAUGGCCCAUCUCAUGCAUUCCCACAGGAUGGUCAGCUUCCCUGCUGUGCGUUAUAUGCCUCAUAUACAGUGGCCCCAAAAAUGUUUGGACAAAAUGUAUGA